GUCAUUAAGGUGUGACCCGUCCUAACGCCGCAGGAGCGAGCCGGGGAUGGGGACGGGGCCCGCUGCUCCCCGGCACCCCGUGGCCGCCCGGACGGAGCCGCGUCCUGGCCUUGCUGCCGACCUCUCCCUGCCCGGCCCGGGGCUGGGCCACGGCGCUGCACACGUGGCCGCCAGUCGGAAGGGCAGGCUGUCCUGCCGCUGCAGCCCUCCCUUCCCACGUGAAUUGGAGAGCUCCAGGCUGGAACCCGAGUCCUGCAUCGAUCCACACUGCAUCUUAAAUCCCGCAGCAGCUGAAGCAAGCGGUUUUAGUGCAAGGGUGGGGGUGUUUUUCUCCGCAGGCGAGCUGUCUCCUGUGUCGGGGUGAGAUGGGCUCUCUUCCUGUUCCAGUAAUGUGGUAUUUGGCACGGGGACCUUGCCCCCGUCAGCAUCUAACGGCGGUGCUGUGAGGCAGUGCGCAGAGCUCUGCUGCCGGGCUGUGUCCGUAGGAAGCAUCCUGGGCUCUAGCAGGGUGCAGGCACCGUGAGGCUGCUGCGAAGGGAGGGAGGCUGGGCACAGGGGUCCCAGCAGAGCCUUCCGUGCGUGGCCAUCUCCCUGCACAGCGAGGGGCUGCAGCCAAGUGGGACCUGCGGGACAGCGGGGCUGUAGGAAUGCUGCCUGCGUGGGGGCUGCUGUGCGCAGCCUCCCCAGGGCAGCGUGGCAGGCGAGGGGCCCCCUCCGGCACUGCCCUCCCCCAGCUGUUGCUGGGGUGGGGACGUGGGUUCCUGCUCCGCUAAGCCCCGGAGCUUUUCUCCUCUAAAGCCUGAUUACUCUGGCGGUGCCUGUGCGUGCGUGCAUGCGUGCGUGCUCGGGAGGGGAGGAGGAGGAAUUUCACAACAACAAGUGUUUGCAGCCACGCUGGGCCCAGCUGCCCCCGACGCGCCCGAGGGGCUGCGGCGUUGCUUCUGCACGGAGGAACCGCACCGAGAGGGCUCUCCCAUCACCUCUGCCGGAGCGGCGGUGCCUGUGGUGGCCGUGCGGGCAGAGCACACCGGGGCAUGGCACCGGCGGGUGGGCAGGCAGGCAGCGAGGGGCUUGGAGGUGGAUGCUGAGGCUGCCCUGGGGCUCCCGUCACCCGUCCAGUGCUGGAGCGCAGCGCUGGCCUGGGGCCGAGGGUGAAGGAAGAGGAUGAGGAGGGCAGCCUAACUGUGCUGGGCGAGCAGCAUCUGCAGGGAGGGUGUGGGAGCCGUGGUACGCCAGCUCUGGCUCCUGCGUUGGGGCAGCCUGUAGGCGCCUGCCCUGCCUUCCGCUGCGGGGCCGCACGCUGCUGGAGCAGAGCAGGAGAGGAGACCCGUGACUUCCCUGGGGUUUCAGUCCCUGGGGGAGGAGCGGCAGGCACAGAGAGACCUUAAGCUGUGCGGUGACAUUGCUGCCGGGCCAGGGCUUCCUUUGUGCCCCCCGAUUUCUGUCUGGAUGGCGACCCUUUUAAAGAGCAGCGGAACGGAUCUCCACCGAGAGCCGUAUGUUUUGUAUCAGAGCCGCAGAGUAUGUCUUUGCACUGAAAUUGUACUGAAGACCUUUGCAGUCGACCCUGGAGGAUACGCCCCGUUCAUGAGCGUUCCCGUUUAAGCUUUCUCUGGUGGCUGGUGUGCUGGUGCUACAAGAAGGGCUUUGGGGGUCUUCUGCUUUGGUUUUGGGGUGCUUUUUUUUUGGUUUGGUUUUGUUGUUCUGCUCCGUGCACCAUGUCGAAUUCGGGCUCCCAUCAAGACACUGGGAACAAGCCAGAGACGGAAAAAAAUAAUCAAGAUGACUCUCAUCCCCCUGUCAACUCCGAAAGGAGGAACAAAAGUGGAAUAAUAAGUGAACCUUUGAACAAAAGUCUUAAGAAGUCCCGUCCACUCUCCCACUAUUCCACCUUUGGUAGCAGCAGCUCGGUAAGCGAACAUUCAGAGAAAGGCAACCCCUUAACUAAUGGCAACGAAGCAACUGUGGAAAAAAGUAAUUCUACCUCAAAGCACAAAAACAUCUCUAGUAUGCUGAGCAAAUUAGACAGGGUGUCAGAAAUCUCCUCAGAAGGACAGAACGCCCUACAACAGUUUGCUCAGUCGACAGAAAUGCUCAAAAGAGUGGUACAGGAGCAUAUUCCUCUAGCAAGCGACCAUGGGACUGGUAUCUCUGAUAUGGAGGCAGUCUCAGCUGCAGAGACAAUGAACAGCCCCUCUGAUUUUCCUUACCUGGGGGCUUUUCCCAUCAACCCAGGCCUUUUCAUUAUGACCCCUGCUGGCGUGUUUCUGGCAGAGAGCGCGCUCCAUAUGGCUGGCUUGGCAGAGUAUCCAAUGCAGAAUGAAUUGGCAUCUGCCAUCAAUUCGGGGAAAAAGAAACGGAAAAGAUGUGGCAUGUGCCCGCCCUGCCGAAGACGGAUAAACUGCGAGCAGUGCAGCAGUUGUAGGAAUCGCAAAACUGGCCACCAGAUUUGCAAAUUCCGAAAAUGUGAAGAACUCAAAAAGAAGCCUUCUGCAGCACUGGAGAAGGUGAUGCUUCCUACAGGAGCCGCGUUCAGAUGGUUUCAGUAGGAACGGGAAUCCCAAAGCUCUGUCAUCCAAGUGCAAUGUCACUGCUUGCUUGUGUUGUCUCAGGCAAGGGAUUUUUGGCUGAAAUGAAUGGAUGCACCUGUGUCUCUUUAGAACCAAAAAUAUUUUCUCGCAAAUUUCAUUCCUGUUUUUAUAAUUUUUUUUUUUGCGUUUGUUUAACAUCUUCGAGUCCUAGUCAGACAUUUAACUGCUUUUCAAAUAAAAUAAUUAAAAGAAAAAAACAAUGGAUCUGUAAAGUACCAAGACUUAAUAGACAGAGUAUGGACAAUCAGUUUCUUUCUGUGUUUUGGUGUUGAUGUUGUUUAUGUGUGAAAGAUGCAGUACUUGUGUAGGGAAUGUAAAUUUACAGUAACCUUUUAAAAUCUAGUUACUAAUAAGCACUACUGUAAUUUAGCACAGUUGUUUAAUUGCACCCUCAUUUAUACUUUUUAUUUGAUUAUUUCCCAUCAUACAAUAGAGUGGAUAGUUUCUAGAAUGCCUCAACUUCAUGUUUAUAAAUGAGAAUAUGUUUAAAGCGAUGUAGUAUCCCUUCUCCUAGCCAUUCACGUAUGUAAGUUUAACCAGCAAGAGGUUUGGUAUAAAAGAUGGAAGAAAACAAUUGCUACAAAAAUGGUGGUCUUUGAAAAAGGAAAAAAAGAGUAAAAAAAAAAGAAAAAAAUGUCAUUGUUAGUUUAUUAAUAUAGAACAAGAAAUACUGCAUACAGAAAAAAUCCUAAUUGCAAUGGUUUACUUCUAGAAGUAAUUUUUGUAAACUUACUAAAGUUAAAAUUAAAAUAAAAAUAAUAUUGCAGGACCUGUGCUGAAGCAGUUAUGAAAAGUGAUAUUUCUCUUCUGUUCAAAUCCCCGUCUCUCCAGCUCUCUACAUCAUUAAAUUGAAAUGCUGUUUGUAAUGUUUUAGCGAUCCAGGCUGUUUUUGUGAAUAAAAUGAAUGCAUGUUUUGUGUCAUGA